CGCUAGGAUUCAUUCCAUAUUUCAUAAUGUUUGACCGGUGAAAUACACAAUCAUGUAACCGUUUCCGGCGUGACUCACUGACAAGCCCUCUCCAGUCCGCCAAGUGCAUUAUUCCCCUUGCCGACUUUAGCCUCCCCUUGAGCCAGUGUCGGUCUGGUGGGGCCCGUUAUCGGCUGGAGCUAUCCUCGACAACCCUCAAGAGAUUGGCGGCGAAAGUGUCGAAACCGAGGAAUAACCGCGCAGCUUGGACUUUACUAUAUCGUAUCUGCAUGGAAGCGAAUGGUUUCGUGUCCAGGCGGGUGGACACACCAAGCGUCGAUGCCGGGGUUGCUGCUGGAGCUGCAGGGGCAGACAUUCGAUGGCUCGGCGGGAGGAUUUUGGAUGCUACGGAGGGGUUCGUUGGUGGUCUGUCACCGCCUCGGAUAACAGCGGAACCGGACUUUACUGCGGUGUUGCAACUUCGAGCAGCCCCAGAGCCCACGGUGGCUGCUACGGAGACCGAAAUAGACUACGAGGGGCUCCCCCAGGGUGUAGCCACCAGUACACACAUGUUAGCCGGCGCCGUGGCUGGCAUCAUGGAACACUGCCUAAUGUAUCCCAUCGACUGUGUUAAGACGCGGAUGCAGAGCCUGCAGCCCGAGCCGGGGGCGCGUUACCGUAACGUGAUGGACGCCCUACGCCAGAUCGUGCGUACCGAGGGGGUGUGGCGACCUGUGAGGGGGCUGAACGUCAUGGCGAUAGGGGCGGGGCCAGCCCAUGCUCUGUACUUUGCCUGUUAUGAGAAACUCAAGUUCUCACUCAGCAACGUGGUCCACCCGGGAGCUAACAGCCACUUUGCUAAUGGAAUGGCAGGCUGCAUGGCCACUGUACUCCAUGAUGCAAUCAUGAACCCAGCAGAAGUGGUGAAGCAGCGUAUGCAGAUGUACAACUCCCCGUACCGAGGCGUGUCUGACUGCGUGGGCUCCAUCUGGAGGCGUGAGGGCCCCGGGGCCUUCUACCGCUCCUACACCACCCAGCUGACCAUGAACGUCCCCUUCCAGGCUCUCCACUUCAUGACCUACGAGUACCUCCAGGAGCUGCUCAACCCCCACAGACAGUACAACCCCUCCUCUCACGUCAUCUCCGGGGCGCUUGCCGGGGCCAUUGCUGCCGCCGCCACCACCCCGCUUGAUGUCUGUAAGACCCUCCUCAACACCCAGGAGGCCCUAGCGGUCCAUGCUGAGGUCCCUGGAGCGCUGGGGGUUGGAGCAAGUGUAGGGACGGCGUCUGCCACUGGGGGGCGCCACAUCUCGGGGUUAGGGGAGGCGUUCCGGACUGUGUACAGGAUGGGGGGUGGGUCGGCGUUCUUUAAGGGCGUCCAGGCCAGGAUCAUCUAUCAGAUGCCCUCCACCGCCAUCAGCUGGUCCGUCUACGAGUUCUUCAAAUACGUCAUCACCAAGCGCCAGUACGAGAGAAGGCUGCACCACCGAGACGGAGAGAAGUAGAGAGGGAGGGAAGACCUUCAUUCAAAAUGUCCCCAAGGAACCCACCCCAUAGAUAUGUACUAGAGGGCUCAGCUCCUAUCUUUGGGCCAAGUUCCCCCUCUAUCUAACUCUAUAACCACCCCACAGUAACCCCACCUCUAACCAUUUGACCUCUGACCUUCUAAACUAACCAGGAAAUAAAAGCCCCCCCCCCUAGUAUUUUUGACUAGAAGAGAUACAGCUUUUGUCCACAUUCACCUUACACAGCAGGUUUAGAACUUACUCAGCAGGUUAGGAGAAUUAGGUUAAGGUUAGCAAAAGUGAAGUUUUUGUUUUUUGUUGCCAAAAGCUGUGUCCCAUCUACACCUGACCUCCUCUUAUCCUCUCACAUAAGAGAACAAGUCCCCAUCUUUCACAUAGUUUAUUAUAGACAUACUGUACAUGGCACUUUAAUUCAAAUAUACACUCACUGGCCAGUUUAUUUGGUACACCCAUCUAGUACCGGGUCGGACUCCCUUUGCCUCCAGAACAGACUGAAUUCUUUGGGGCAUGGAUUCUACAAGGUGUCGGAAAAGUUAUUUUCUCAAUUGGUAUCUAGGGACCUAAGGUGUGCCAGGAAACAUUCCCCACACCAGUACACCACCGCCACCAGCCUGUACCGGUGACACCAGGCAGGAUGAGUCCAUGGACUCAUGCUGCAUACGCCAAAUUCUGACUCUGCCAUCAGCUUGACGCAACAGGAACCGGGAUUUGUCAGACCAGGCGAUGUUGUUCCAUUCCUAAAUUGUCCAGUGUUGGUGAUCUUGUGCCCGCUGGAGCUGCUUCCUGUUGUUUUUAGCUAGGAGUGGAACCCGGUGUGGUCGUCUGCUGCAAUAGCCCAUCAGUGACAAGGACCGACAAGUUGUGUGUUCUGAGAUGAUGUUCUGCACACCACUGUUGUACUGCUCCGUUAUGUGUCUGUUUGAGGCUUGCCUGUUAUCUUGCACCAUUCUUGCCCCUCUCCUUUGACCUCUCUCAUCAACAAGCUGUUUUCGCCCACGGGACUGCCACUGACUGGACGUGUUUUGUUUGUCGCGCCAUUCUCAGUAAACCCUAGACUGUCUUGUGUGAAACGCCAGACGUUUCUGAGAUACUGGAUCUGGCCUACCUGGCACCAACAAUCAUACCACGCUCAACGUCGCUUAGGUCACUCGUUUUGCCCAUUCUAGCUUUCAAUGGAACAGUAACUGAAUGCCUGUCUGCCUGCUUUAAAUAGCAAGCCACAGCCACGCUACUCACUGUCUGUAGGAGCGAUCAAUUUUGGUGAAUGAGGUGAUGUACCUAAUAAACUGUCCAGUUACUGUAUAUAUUAGAAUUAUAUUUCUGCAUAACCACUAGGGGGCUAUAACCACUAGGGGGCUUUGAGUCUCGACCUCCCUCCUCCAUUGACUUUAUGGACAGAUCUAAAAGAGUCCCAAUAAUAUCUACUUUCUCCUGCAAAUGUGCACUCGUUCACUACUUCCCACUAAUCUAAUAGUAUUAGGUUGGUGGAGGAAUGGGCUAGUUUCCACCAUAUUUAUUAUACCAGUCAUUACCUUUCAAACCAGUGAAGGGAAGUGAACAAGGGCACACUUUGGGAGGAAGGUGAGGUCAUGGGGACUUGGACCAAGUGAAGACCUCUGUAUUGGAUGAUGACUGCAGUCAGUGGAUUUAGCAUUAAGGAUAUAUCUAUAGUCACGACUACCACUGGACUACCACUCGUCUAGCAUUCUGAAAUGGGAAUUAAAUUCACCAGAAAUUGUUUCAUGCAACGCUAUUUAAAACAAUAACUGCCUUUUCCAUCUUUGAGAUAGUGACUGGGCUUGUGUUAAUGUAUUUCUCCGCCUGUAUGUAGACAUUGAGGAAUAUGAGUAUUUUGACUUGAAAUGUUCAACUUAACCCAUUGGAGUUGAUCAAGACAGUGGUGUUGACUGUGUGUGGAUGUGACUGACUGAAUGAGGAAGAGAGAAAUAAAUCAAAUAGGAGUGCAAAGCGCUAGAUCACAGAGUGCAAAGCGCUAGAUCACAGAGUGCAAAGCGCUAGAUCACAGAGUGCAAAGCGCUAGAUCACAGAGUGCAAAGCGCUAGAUCACAGAGUGCAAAGCGCUAGAUCACAGAGUGCAAAGCGCUAGAUCACAGAGUGCAAAGCGCUAGAUCACAGAGUGCAAAGCGCUAGAUCACAGAGUGCAAAGCGCUAGAUCACUGAGUGCAAAGCGCUAGAUCACUGAGUGCAAAGCGCUAGAUCACUGAGUGCAAAGCGCUAGAUCACUGAGUGCAAAGCGCUAGAUCACUGAGUGCAAAGCGCUAGAUCACUGAGUGCAAAGCGCUAGAUCACUGAGUGCAAAGCGCUAGAUCACUGAGUGCAAAGCGCUAGAUCACUGAGUGCAAAGCGCUAGAUCACUGAGUGCAAAGCGCUAGAUCACUGAGUGCAAAGCGCUAGAUCACUGAGUGCAAAGCGCUAGAUCACUGAGUGCAAAGCGCUAGAUCACUGAGUGCAAAGCGCUAGAUCACAGAGUGCAAAGCGCUAGAUCACAGAGUGCAAAGCGCUAGAUCACUGAGUGCAAAGCGCUAGAUCACUGAGUGCAAAGCGCUAGAUCACUGAGUGCAAAGCGCUAGGACACCAUAUAGAGAAUAAUGUGCCAUUUGGGACAGCACCUCUGAGGAUGGUAGGAGGGUGUGCUACACCUCUAGUCUACCAGACUGUUGAUAUUUAUGGGCUUUGUUUCAGAUGGCACCCUAUUCCCCUUUUAUAGUGCACUACUUUUGGCCAGGACCCACAGGGAGCAGAAGGCCUUUCCCUUGAGAGUGCGUGUAGUGUCCCAAAUGGCAUCUUGGCCCCUAUAUAGUGUACUACUUUUGAUCACGGCUCAUAUGGAUCUGGUCAAAAGUAGUGCACUAUAUAGGGAAUACGGGGCCAUUUGGGACGGAACCUUCUGACCACGCACCACUUUCUAGCACUUAUAGUCAUUUACAAGUUAUGUGUGGUGACUAAUCCUUCAAAUAGUAACUUACAUACAUGUAGUUACUUAUCCUAUGGUAACUAAUCAUUUAAAUAGUAACUUAUACACGUGGUUACUUAUCCUAUGGUAACUUUUAGAAACAUUUACUACGUACACACGGCCUUCGAAUCAGCCGCCAUGAGUCAAACGCACAAAUACAAAGUCCUGCUGGACCCGAACCUUCAUUUCUGAAGCCAUGUUAUCACAGAGAAGAACACGUGUGAGUAGGACUACUCUUAUCCUAGAUCAACUCAUUCUAUCUGUAAAGUAGUAGAGUUUCAGCCAAGUGUUCUGGAACCGACCAGAUAAAUGAAGAUUUAAUAUAUAGGUUCCUUCAUUAAUAUGGUUGAAAAAUUCUGGGAACUUUUCAAAAUUCUCAGUUUAUCCAGGAAUGUUCCUGUAAUCAUUAGGGGGAAAAGCAGGGCAUCCUGAAUCCCCAACAAUGACCUGUUGGAAAACCUGGCAUUUUGGGGAAGUUAGGGCAAUUUUGGAUCCUUGUAAUAGAUUACUUGGCAGGAUAUCCCCCUCAUAUAGACUAACCAACUGCCACCCAGAACGGCACCCGGUAGAACCUAUAGGUAGAAACUGCCACCCAGAACGGCACCCUGUAGAACCUAUAGGUAGAAACAACAUACUACAACAUAGUGAAUACACAAGUAGCGAACAACGUUUUGAAUAUGUUAACAGUUAACUUAAAGGGGAAGUUCACUAUUUUACAACUUUGUCAGAUGGUUUCUCAUCCUGAAAGUAGUCUAUGGGCCAGAAGAAACGUAUCAAUGCUUCAGGGCUUUUUAAACAACCGCUACAAACGUCAGCCAACUUUAGCCACCGCUAGCUCCUAAAAUACUGAACUUCCCCUUUAAAGGAGUUGCUGAGAGAAAAGAGAACUGAAUGUAGGAGUGUUUCCUGCCGUAUGCCAUGUUUGCGAGUGGACACCAAAGACUGAAAGAACGGGGGAUGGGUGAAUUUGAUGUGAUGAAAAUGAGGAAAAGCUAGAGAAGAGGAUUGAUCUGUAUUGAAAGAGAAACUUCUUCCUGUAUUACUUUGUGAGUUGUAAAUAAAUAGUGGCUAAUGGGCAGCGCCUCGCAGAAGCAGGGUCUUCUCUUGGGACUGCUGCCCCCACGUGCUGGAGAGAAAUGAUCCAUUA